AGCGCGCUGAUUGGAUAGCAGGCUGAUAAUGUAGUAUUGUCGUCAUAAGCCGGUCGUAGGGUUUGGUUGCAAAAACACCGGUUACAAAGGAGUGGGCGCAGCGUGUCCUUGGGAGUAGAACGUCGGAGACCGAAGGGGCAGGAGUUCUCAGUAACACAUACAGAGCAAGAGACGGGGACCUUGGGUGUUACAGCCAUUACUGAGCUACGUCUUGCUGCACCCCCCACUGACUGCAGCGGUAACCGGGAUUGAUGAAGGUGCAAACAUGGGAGACGCUGAAAAAGGCAAGAAAAUCUUUGUUCAGAAAUGUUCCCAGUGCCACACUGUAGAGAAAGGAGGCAAGCACAAAACUGGGCCUAACCUUCAUGGCCUGUUUGGACGCAAGACUGGACAAGCAGAAGGCUUUUCCUAUACUGAUGCUAACAAAAAUAAGGGAAUUGUUUGGGAUGAGGGUACCCUUCUGGAAUAUCUAGAAAAUCCUAAGAAGUACAUUCCUGGAACAAAGAUGAUCUUUGCUGGCAUUAAGAAGAAGGGCGAGAGACAAGACUUAAUAGCAUAUCUAAAACAGUCAACCAGCAGUUAAUAACCAUAUGUCCUGCCUUAUUUAUUUCAGGGAUUGUUUGUGAUGAGAUACUGUAAGAUUUUAUAUAUAUUUUUAUUUGUACUGUCCAUACAUCUUUUAGAGGGUGUCUCAUCAGCCAGAGAAUGUAAAUCUUGAGGGAGAUCAUUGAAAUGAAUUUGGCUAUGUCUCCAGUGUUUUUUGAAGUCAAAAAUGCUUAUUGAUCUAAACAUCUAAUAAAACUGUCCAUGUUAAUAACAGCCAUUUUAAUGUCUUUUAAUAAACCAUAAAAUGUG